AUGGCGGCAUACCUCACUCAGCGCAUAUGUCACCCUCAUCACGGCAUCACGGUGUCCAGAGCAGGAACACCUGCCCCUGAGAAGAAUGCGAAAUGCUCUGCACCAAUCCCGAACACUGCGGCCAAGAAUGCCCCCUUCUUCACCCCGGAACAAGACCCUCCCGCUGGCACACCGACCGAUGUCCAGCCGUCAGGCAAGCCGAUCCCUAAGCUGUUUACGCCGCUCAAGAUCCGUGGCGUCACGUUGCCGAAUCGUAUUUGGGUCAGUCCCAUGUGCCAGUACAGCGCGCACGAGGGCUUCCAUACGCCUUGGCACAUUACCCAUUACGGAGGCAUUGCUCAGCGAGGUCCCGGUCUUACCAUGAUUGAGGCCACUUCUGUGCAAGCCAACGGCCGCAUUACUCCAGAAGACUCUGGCAUUUGGCUCGAUGCUCACCUAGAUACGUUGAAGAAGCACGUCGACUUUGCGCACAGCCAAAAUGGCCUUAUUGGUAUUCAACUUGCCCACGCUGGACGAAAAGCGUCCACGGUCGCUCCCUGGCUUAGCUCUGGUGCUACUGCUACUGAAGCCGUCGACGGCUGGCCGAACGACGUGGUUGGGCCGAGCGAUGAGGCGUUUAAUGAGCAUUUCCCCAAGCCACGCGCUCUGACAUUAGACGAAAUUGCCCAGUUCAAGCGCGAUAAUGCCUCCGCCGUCCGUCGGGCACUGCGCGCCGGGUUCGACAUCAUCGAGCUCCAUUUCGCCCAUGGGUACCUAGUCUCGAGCUUCCUCUCGCCGGCUGUAAAUAAGCGUACGGAUCAAUACGGAGGCAGCUUUGAGAACCGCGCACGGCUCGCCCUCGAGCUGGUUGAGGAGACUAGAGAGAUUAUCCCCAAGGAUAUGCCUCUGUUUGUUCGCAUCAGCGCUACGGACUGGCUGGAUACUAACCCGGACUGGAACGGCGGCGCAAGCUGGACUGUCGAUGAAAGCGCCAAGCUGGCCAAGCUCUUUGCUCAGCGCGGUGUCGAUGUCUUGGAUGUCUCGAGUGGCGGUAACCACCCUGACCAAAAGGUUAUUGGAGGCCCAGGCUACCAGGCACCCUUUUCCAAGAAGAUCAAGGCGGCAGUGGGAGAUACUAUGCUCGUCAGCGCGGUAGGAAGCAUCAAGACAGGAGAAAUCGCGCAAAAGCUUAUUGAAGGUGGACAAGAUACCAACGAUACGCCACUAGAUUUGAUAGCCGCCGGCCGCAUGUUUCUCAAGAACCCGGGUCUCGUGUGGGCAUGGGCGGACGAGUUGGGGGUCAAUCUUCACGUUGCUCAUCAGAUUGGUUGGGGCUUCGGAGGAAGAGCAUCUAAGAAGACGGCCAAGAUCUCUAUUCCUUGA